AUGACCCUGACAAGAGGAUCCUUCACCUAUUCCAACGGUGAAGAGUACCAUGGGGAGUGGAGGGAAGGUCUGAGACAUGGUCUAGGCCAGCUGACGUUAAGUGACGGGACGUGUUACACUGGUCAGUUCGAGAACGGACUCUUCAACGGCUGUGGGAUGCUGGUCUUCCCUGAUGGAUCCAGGUAA